AUGCAGAAGGCGGGGUUCCGGGACCUUGGGUACUGGUCCAGAGGAUGGGGCCUGUGGAGUUAUUACCACUUGGCGACAGGAGGGGGCAGCAGCGAGCCGCAGAGUGGCCAGGUGAGGAGGCUGUCCUUGGUCCCCGCCCUGUCUUCAUGCCUCAGGCAGGUUCAGAGCUCAGGGGCCAGUUUCAGAGCUGGGGCUGAAAAGAAGAGCAGGCACCAGAACGAAAUCAAGGACUGGAUUCAAUGCAGUGAAAUCACCAGGGAACGAAAGGGAAAACAUGCAGCCAUCUGGGACUGGGGUGGUGAGGAGGAUGGUGCUGUGCUGAGCAGCCUUGGAAGGAAAAUUCCAGUUCUCUUCUUUGUUUGCAGUUUCCUGGGGACCUGGGCAUCAGUGACUGUCAAGCGUCGCCCAAGGUUCCCUGUUAAUUCAGAUUCUAAUGGUGAAAAUGAACUCUGUCCAAAGGUCAGGAUUGGACAAGAUGAUUUACCAGGAUAUGACUUGAUUUCUCAGUUCCAGAUAGAUAAAGCAGCAUCCAGAAGAGCUAUCCAGAGGGUAGUUGGAUCAACUGCCUUACAGGUGGCUUACAAGCUGGGAAAUAAUGUAGACUUCAGGAUUCCAACCAGGCAUUUGUAUCCCAGUGGGCUGCCUGAAGAAUACUCCUUUCUAACCACUUUUCGGAUGACUGGAAGCACACUUGAAAAGCACUGGAGCAUUUGGCAGAUUCAGGAUUCCUCAGGGAAGGAGCAAGUUGGCGUGAAGAUUAAUGGCCAAACAAAAUCUGUUUCAUUUUCAUACAAGGGGCUGGAUGGAAGUCUCCAAACUGCAGCCUUUUCGAAUUUGCCCUCCUUGUUCGAUUCCCAGUGGCAUAAGCUCAUGAUUGGCGUGGAACGGAGCAGCGCGACUCUUUUCGUUGACUGCAACAGGAUUGAGUCCUUACCGAUAAAGCCAAGAGGUCAGAUUAAUGUUGAUGGCUUUGCUGUGCUGGGAAAACUUGUGGAUAAUCCUCAAGUUUCUGUUCCGUUUGAACUUCAAUGGAUGCUGAUCCAUUGUGACCCACUGCGACCCCGGAGAGAAACUUGCCAUGAGCUGCCAGCCAGGAUCACGAGGGGCCCCCCAGGUGAGCAGGGUCCUCCGGGGCCGCCGGGUCCCCCUGGAGUCCCGGGCAUCGACGGCAUCGACGGUGAUCGCGGUCCAAAAGGGCCCCCGGGCCCCCCGGGUCCCCCUGGAGAGCCGGGGAAACCAGGAGCUCCAGGCAAGCCGGGCACACCGGGCGCCGACGGAUUAACAGGUCCUGAUGGAUCCCCAGGCUCUGUUGGACCAAGAGGACAGAAAGGAGAACCUGGUGUGCCAGGACCUCGUGGAUUUCCAGGCCGUGGUAUUCCUGGACCUCCUGGUCCUCCUGGGGGAGCAGGGCUCCCUGGAGAGCUUGGCCGUGUUGGACCGAUUGGCGAUCCUGGGAAAAGAGGACCACCGGGCCCCCCUGGCCCCCCGGGACCCAGUGGAACAAUUGGCUUUCAUGAUGGAGAUCCGUUGUGUCCCAAUUCCUGCCCACCGGGUCGUUCGGGAUACCCAGGUCUGCCAGGCAUGAGGGGUCAUAAAGGAGCUAAAGGAGAGAUUGGUGAACCUGGAAGACAAGGUCACAAGGGUGAAGAAGGGGACCAGGGCGGACUAGGAGAAGUUGGAGCUCAAGGACCUCCGGGAGCUCAAGGUUUGAGAGGCAUUACCGGCGUAGCUGGCGAGAAAGGGGAAAAGGGUGCUCGGGGCUUAGAUGGAGAACCUGGGCCUCAGGGGCUCCCUGGUGCACCUGGUGACCAAGGACAGCGAGGACCUCCAGGAGAAAUAGGUCCCAAGGGAGACAGAGGCCCUCAAGGUUCUCCUGGAAUUCCUGGUCUCCCUGGGCCCAAAGGGGACACAGGCUUGCCAGGUGUGGAUGGCCGUGACGGAAUACCUGGAAUGCCAGGAACAAAGGGGGAACCAGGGAAACCCGGGCCUCCUGGUGAAGCAGGUUUGCAGGGAUUACCUGGUAUACCUGGAAUUCCUGGCGCAAAGGGUGUGACUGGUGAAAAGGGUAACACAGGUGCUCCAGGGAAGCCCGGUCAGUUGGGGAAUUCUGGCAAACCGGGCCGCCAGGGGCCGCCCGGAGAAGUGGGACCCCGAGGACCUCGGGGCCUUUCUGGCAGCAGAGGUGAAGUAGGACCAGUGGGACCCCCAGGGCCACCAGGUAAACUGGGUUCUCUUGGCAGCCCUGGCCUUCCUGGCUUGCCUGGCCCCCCUGGACUUCCUGGGAUGAAAGGUGACAGGGGUGUAGUUGGUGAACCCGGUCCAAAGGGUGAACAGGGCGCCUCUGGUGAAGAGGGUGAAGCUGGAGAAAGGGGUGAACUCGGAGAUAUAGGAUUACCUGGCCCAAAGGGAUCUGCGGGGAACCCUGGGGAGCCUGGCCUGAGGGGGCCCGAAGGCAGCCGGGGGCUUCCCGGAGAGGAAGGACCCCGAGGCCCGCCGGGCCCGCGCGGCGUGCAGGGGGAGCAGGGCGCCACUGGCCUACCGGGGAUCCAGGGCCCCCCGGGCAGAGCGCCGACUGAUCAGCACAUCAAGCAGGUUUGCAUGAGAGUCAUACAAGAGCACUUUGCUCAGAUGGCUGCGAGUCUCAAGCGUCCAGACUCCGGAGCCUCGGGCCUCCCUGGGCUGCCUGGACCCCCCGGCCCCCCGGGCCCCCCUGGAGAGAAUGGCUUUCCGGGCCAGAUGGGACUCCGCGGUCUCCCAGGCAUGAAGGGCCCCCCCGGCGCUCUCGGUGUGAGGGGCCCUAAAGGUGAUGCAGGAGAAAGAGGGGAUCGUGGUCCCCCAGGAAGAGGUCCCAAAGGUUUGCCAGGAGCUCCCGGUCUCCCAGGUGACCCGGGUCCUGCCAGCUACGGGAGGAACGGCCGGGACGGCGAGCGAGGCCCCCCAGGGCCGGCGGGCAUCCCCGGUGUGCCCGGCCCCCCGGGCCCCCCGGGCCCUCCUGGUUUCUGCGAGCCAGCGUCCUGCACCAUGCAGGCCGGUCAGCGGGCGUUCAACACCAAAGGUCCCAGCCAGUGA